AUGAAGAACGACAGCAGUAGUAUCGUACAAUCACAAGCUUUUGUUAUCUGUUACUCGCGAGACAACAUAAAGAUGGCUACAGAAGUGAGUACUUCAUCACUAUGUCAGUUGCAAUCGGUUCAGAAAGCUAUGGCUAUACCAUCGGUGGGAGCUGCAGUUGGCCAAGUUGGCGCUUUAUACACCAAAGUUAAGGGAGCACAUUCUCUCCUUGAAUGGGCAUUAUCGACAGCCGAAGCCAGUGUGACACUAGCUGCACACACAGCUGCCCCAUUUGUAGCAGCACCAUUAGCAGCUGGUGAUGCAAAAGUAGCUGCUGCUAUUGAUGAGUUGGAGAGGAGGGUGCCACUAGUCGCUGAACAACCCAAGGUUAUUGUGGAGACCACCAAACAGGCUGUGCUCUCGAGAAUAUCACCACAAUUGAAUAAGGUAAAUCUAAACCAGGUGUACGGCGCACGUGCAGCGGCGGAGCAACGCGUUAAGUCUCUGAAGGAGCUCACGUGGGUGAAGGCAAACGCGUUAUUGUCCACCGCAUAUGGCCAAAAAGCCAUGCAAGGUGUUGAUACAGGCGCAGUGUAUGCUAUGAGAUUGCUUGACCACUAUUUACCACCUACACAGGAUGAAACACCAGCGAGUACUGAAAUCGUGGCAGUCGAAGCGGACCCAACAAUGCACACCGUACAAACGGUUGGCCGUCUCAGCGCAGUCGCCGCUAGACGGGUUUGGGCCAACCUCGCCGUCAAAGUCACCGAACUACGUAAUUCUGGUAUCGAGCUGGAUGUUCGUCGUUACAUUACCGCCCUGCUGGCUGCUCUUCACCUUGCAAAAGUAACCAACGACCAACAGCAACAGGAACAGACUACAGAGGAGAAGAAGGCGCAAAGAUCAGCCGAGCCGACUCCCCAAAACACCCCCACUAAAAAUGAAACCCCUUCUUCCCCCCCAACCGCGGAAAAGGUUAAAGCGUCCCCCGAAGCAAAAUCUGAGGGUGACCAGUGA